GGACGCGGAAGCGCUUUCCAGCUGUCAAACACUUUUUGUUUAGCUUUUCCUCCCUCAAUAAAUAAAUCCGGUUCAUCUUUCUUUUGCCAAACAUAUCAUCUUAGACCUUCUUCAAAAUGGACUGUCCGUGCUGGCUGCCUCUGGAAUCCAACCCAGAAGUCAUGACAAAGUUUGUCACUUGCUUGGGUAUGAAGCCGACCUGGCAGUUUGGAGACGUGUACGGACUGGACCCAGAGCUCCUGGGCAUGGUACCAAGACCCGUGUGCGCAGUGUUGCUGCUUUUCCCAGUGACAGAGAAGUACGAGGCGUUCAAGCAGCAAGAGGAGGAUAAACUGAAAAAACAACAACAGGAGGUCUCUCCGGAUGUGUACUUCAUUAAGCAAACCAUUGGAAACGCUUGUGGAACCAUUGGAUUAAUUCACGCUGUGGCAAACAACCAGGCACACCUGGAAUUUGAGGCUGAUUCUCCUCUCAAGAAGUUUCUUGAACAAACUUCUAAAAUGAGCCCAGACGAGAGAGCCGUCUUCCUGGAAAAAGAUGAGAGCAUACGAGUCACACAUGAGUCCAGCGCUCAGGAGGGACAGACCGAGGCUCCGAGUUUAGAUGAGAAAGUUAAUCUGCACUUUAUAGCCUUCGUGAAUAACGGAGGACACUUAUAUGAACUGGACGGCCGGAAGCUUCAGCCGAUUGUCCACGGAAAAACAUCAGAGGAGACGUUCCUGGAGGACGCCGUAGAAGUUUGUAAGAACUUCAUGGAUCGUGACCCCCAGGAAGUCCGCUUCACCAUCAUCGCCCUGUCAAAAGACUCCUAAUGGGGGGGAGGGGGGCUCCUUUCCAUUCCCGUCGACAACAAAACAUUACUGCCAAAAGUUUCAAAAGUGCUGACCGCCAUGGAAAAUGCUCCAUUUUGUUUAAUGCUAUUGAAGUGAAGAAACAAAUCAAAAUGUCAGGGAUAUCAUUCAGAAGGAACUUCUCUCGUGUAAAAAGUUGAAUAAAUUAAUGAGAAUUAAUUAGAGCUGCUGUCAAACUUUAAGUAUUUCUCAGUGUGAUCUAAAUCUUCCACAGCUGAAACGGGCUGCUUGUGGUGUGUUUACAGGCUGCUUGGAUGACGUUCAAGGCGGGGAUGUAACCCGUUUUCCACAUCACCGAGCCAACCCAAAUCGUUAUUGAGUUUGAUGCAGCCGCGUGUCGGAAUGUGUUUACGAUGAACUGUCUAACUACACACUCUGAAUGAGCUGGGGAACCGUGUUUUUGUGAGGCUUUAAUUUUAUUCAUAGCUUUUGGUGGACGGGCCUAAUUGCUUUGUUCUUGCAGUGACGGUGUUGAACAGAUUUCCGUGAGGCUAACACAACGUGCUGACUGUGCUCUGCUGUGGACGGUGCCUACAUGUUUUUGUAACCAGUAGAAAUUCUGUCAAAUUAAAGGCAAGUUUAUUAAA